GGAAAGUCUAGAGUGGACAAAUAGGGAUUUUAAAAGCCGAGUAUGUCACGUGUAACCAGUAAUUUGGCCAAUAGGAAUGCUCGAGAACCCGGAAAUAGGGAAGGGACGGCAGUAAGUGCAGAAGAUGUUGCCACAUGUGGCCAGAGAAGGCGUAGGCCCACCCCCUAGUGUCCCAGGCUCACGCGCACACCACCUGAGUCCGGGGCGGGGAGGCGGGGCUAGUCUAAAACACCAAUGGAAGCGGGAGUAGGAGGGCUCGCGCCGUGACGCAAGAGGCGUGGCUUACCAAGCCUGGCCAAUGAGAGCUGGAAGCGCUGGGCGCAUCUUUAGGCGCGCGAGGAGGGGGCAUGGCGGAUACUGUGUUGUUUGAGUUUCUUCACACGGAGAUGGUGGCUGAGCUGUGGGCUCACGACCCCGACCCCGACCCCGGCCCAGGGGUGAGCGCCGGGCUCCGUGGGGAGGAAGCGGGGGCCACCAAGGGACAGAAGAUGAGCCUGUCGGUCCUGGAGGGUAUGGGGUUCCGUGUGGGCCAGGCUCUAGGCGAGAGGCUGCCCCGGGAGACGCUGGCCUUCAGGGAGGAGCUGGAUGUCCUCAAGUUCUUGUGCAAAGACCUGUGGGUGGCCGUGUUCCAGAAGCAGAUGGACAGCCUGCGCACCAAUCACCAGGGGACCUACGUCCUGCAAGACAACAGCUUCCCCCUCCUCCUCCCGAUGGCCUCUGGCCUGCAGUAUCUGGAGGAAGCGCCCAAGUUCCUGGCCUUCACCUGCGGCCUCCUGCGCGGCGCCCUCUAUACCCUGGGCAUUGAGAGCGUGGUCACCGCCUCCGUGGCAGCCCUGCCCGUCUGUAAGUUCCAGGUGGUGAUUCCGAAAUCCUAAGCCCGCCUCGCACCUGCCGAGCCGCACUGCUGCCCCUGGCCUCACCGGCCUCAGGAGAUGGUGGGGCCACUGCAUUUCGGGGUGGUCUUGGGAAUCCCAGGCCCUAGGGGUCACAUAUGCUCAGGAAGUGGGUAUCAAAUUGAGGUGGGGGUGUCAGAGGAGGCAAAGGGGUCCCAGCUGCGGUCAGGACUGUGGUGGGAUUCCCGCCUCGGCAGCAUCACUGCCCAGCAGCUGCUCAAUAAAGGCUGUGUGUGUGGAA